AUGGCUGUUACUAGUAUUAUCCAGUGUCAAAUCCUCAACGCAUUUUCUUUCAACAAAAAUCAAAAUCAAAUUAAGAAAUUAUCAUUAGCCAAAUUAUCUCCAACGCAACUUCUUGUAAACCAAAAGCGUUGCCCGCAAACUAAACUUGAAGCACUUGCCAACGUUGUCGAUGACCUCGAAGCCGCUGUCAAAAAUGGCAUACAGAUCGAUGAUCCCAGUAUGUUUUCUUCACUCCUUGAAACUUGCUUUCGUUUGGAAGCUGUUGAACAAGGUAUCCGGAUUCACCACUUAAUACCAAAAACACUUCUACGCAGAAACGUGGGUAUCUCAUCAAAGCUUCUUCGAUUGUACUCGUCUAAUGGCUAUAUCGAUGAAGCCCACCAAGUGUUCGACUAUAUGUAUGACAGAAACUCAUCUGCUUUUGCUUGGAAUUCACUUAUAUCAGGCUAUACCGAAACGGGAUUGUACGAAGACGCAUUGGCUUUAUAUUUUCAAAUGGUGGAAGAGGGUGUAGACCCAGAUGGGUUCACGUUUCCUCGUGUUCUUAAAGCUUGUGGUGGCAUGGGCUUGAUUCACGUCGGGCAACAAGUUCACCGUGAGAUUAUUCGUUGUGGGUAUGUGAACGAUGGAUUUGUGCUUAACGGGUUGGUUGACAUGUACGCUAAGUGUGGUGACAUUGUGAAAGCACGCAAAGUGUUUGAUAAAAUUCCUUCAAAAGAUAUAGUUUCGUGGAACUCGAUGCUUACAGGCUACGUGAAACACCAACUCUUAUUCGACGCUUUGGUCAUAUUUCGAUUCAUGAUACAAGACGGGUACGAGCCAGACUCCAUUUCAAUUUCCACAAUUCUCACAGCUGAGCUGUCACAAAAACUCGUAUCCCAAAUUCACGGAUGGGUUCUUCGUAAGGGAACAGAAUGGAAUCUACCAAUCGCCAAUUCUCUGAUUCUUGUUUACACAAAUCAUGGCAGGUUGGAUUUAGCACGAUGGGUGUUCGAUGAAAUGCCUGAAAGAGAUCUGGUUUCAUGGAACACCAUAAUAUCAGUACACAAAAACCACCGAAAUGCCCUUUCAUACUUCAAUCGUAUGUUGAAUUCCAAUACUUCCCCCGACGCCAUUACAUUCGUUUCUGUAUUAACAGCUUGUGCUCAUUUGAGAUUGGUGAAAGAUGGGGAAAUGUUGUUUUCUAAAAUGACAGAAAAAUACGGGAUAAUUCCAAGUAUGGAACACUAUGCAUGUUUGGUGAAUCUUUAUGGUAGGGCUGGAUUGAUUGUUGAAGCUUACAAAGUGAUUACUGAUAAAAUGCAAUUUGCAGCAGGUCCGACUGUUUGGGGAGCUUUAUUACACGCUUGUUAUGUUUAUAAGAAUGUAGAAAUUGGGGAAAUUGCUGCUGAAAAUCUGUUUGAGUUGGAACCCGAUAAUGAUCAUAAUUUUAAGCUUUUGAUGCAGAUUUAUGGGAAAGUGAAACGUGUACAUGAUGUUGAAAGAGUUAGAGUGAUGAUGGUUACCAGAGGGAUCGAUUGUUAA